GGUUCGCGCAGGCUGUCCUUCUCCUUCCAAGCCGCGCAUCCCCUCCCCGAAGCAGCAGGCUGUGUGCCUUCAUUCAGCCACAUUUGGUAUGCAUGAGCACGGCUGCAGGGAGAGGGGAGGUGGCUUUCUUAAGAAGGUUCCGUGGCUCAGGCAACGCCACUUGACUAGUCUCCCAAGUUCCAGCAAGCCUCUGCCCUGAUGGAAUUUGCAGGUGUGGACAUGACCAUGGGAUGCCAAGGCCGUGGGGGACGGUUUGUUUUCUAGGCAUUGCUCAGGGUUGCCGUUUUUGGUUCUCCCGGUGGAAUUUGGAAGGGGUCAUGAAUCAGACUGAUGCUCCUCGUCCCCUAAACUGGACCAUCCGGAAGCUGUGCCACGCAGCCUUUCUCCCAUCUGUCAGACUUCUGAAGGCUCAGAAAUCCUGGAUAGAAAGAGCAUUUUAUAAAAGAGAAUGUGUCCACAUCAUACCCAGCACCAAAGACCCCCAUAGGUGUUGCUGUGGGCGUCUGAUUGGCCAGCAUGUGGGCCUCACUCCCAGUAUCUCCGUUCUUCAGAAUGAGAAAAAUGAGAGUCGCCUCUCCCGAAAUGACAUCCAGUCCGAGAAGUGGUCCAUCAGCAAGCACACACAGCUCAGCCCAACGGAUGCUUUUGGGACCAUUGAGUUCCAAGGAGGUGGCCAUUCCAACAAAGCCAUGUACGUGCGAGUGUCCUUCGACACAAAACCUGAUCUCCUUCUGCACCUGAUGACCAAGGAAUGGCAGCUGGAGCUUCCCAAGCUUCUCAUCUCCGUGCACGGGGGCCUGCAGAACUUCGAACUGCAGCCAAAACUCAAGCAAGUCUUCGGGAAGGGGCUCAUCAAAGCAGCCAUGACCACCGGAGCGUGGAUCUUCACGGGAGGGGUUAACACAGGUGUUAUUCGCCAUGUUGGAGACGCCUUAAAGGACCAUGCAUCCAAGUCUCGAGGGAAGAUAUGUACCAUAGGCAUUGCCCCCUGGGGAAUUGUGGAAAACCAGGAGGACCUGAUUGGAAGAGAUGUUGUCCGGCCAUAUCAGACCAUGUCCAACCCCAUGAGCAAGCUCACUGUUCUCAACAGCAUGCAUUCCCACUUCAUCCUGGCUGACAACGGGACCACCGGGAAAUACGGAGCUGAGGUCAAGCUGCGGAGACAACUGGAAAAGCACAUUUCUCUCCAGAAGAUAAACACAAGAUGCCUGCCGUUUUUCUCUCUUGACUCCCGCUUGUUUUAUUCAUUUUGGGGUAGUUGCCAAUUAGACCCAAUUGGAAUCGGUCAAGGUGUUCCAGUGGUGGCGCUCAUUGUGGAAGGAGGACCCAAUGUGAUCUCAAUUGUCUUGGAGUACCUUCGAGACACCCCUCCUGUGCCUGUUGUUGUCUGUGAUGGGAGUGGACGGGCAUCUGACAUCCUGGCAUUUGGGCAUAAAUAUUCAGAAGAAGGCGGACUUAUCAAUGAAUCUCUGAGGGACCAGCUGCUGGUGACCAUCCAGAAGACUUUCACGUACACUCGGACCCAAGCCCAGCAUCUGUUCAUCAUCCUCAUGGAGUGCAUGAAGAAGAAGGAAUUGAUUACGGUAUUCCGGAUGGGAUCAGAAGGACACCAGGACAUUGACUUAGCUAUCCUGACAGCUUUGCUCAAAGGAGCAAAUGCCUCGGCCCCCGACCAGCUGAGCUUAGCUCUAGCCUGGAACAGAGUGGACAUCGCUCGCAGCCAGAUCUUUAUUUAUGGGCAGCAGUGGCCGGUGGGGUCUUUGGAGCAAGCCAUGUUGGAUGCCCUAGUUCUGGACAGAGUGGAUUUUGUGAAAUUACUCAUAGAGAAUGGAGUAAGCAUGCACCGUUUUCUCACCAUCUCCAGACUAGAGGAAUUGUACAAUACGAGACAUGGGCCCUCAAACACAUUGUACCACUUGGUCAGGGAUGUCAAAAAGCGAGAAUAUCCAGGUUUCGGUUGGAUCUAUUUUAAGGGGAACCUGCCUCCGGAUUACAGAAUCAGCCUGAUAGACAUCGGCCUGGUGAUCGAAUACCUGAUGGGCGGGGCUUACCGCUGCAACUACACGCGCAAGCGCUUCCGGACGCUCUACCACAAUCUCUUCGGCCCCAAGAGGCCCAAAGCCUUGAAACUACUGGGAAUGGAGGAUGAUGUCCCCUUGAGGCGAGGAAGAAAGACCACCAAGAAGAGAGAAGAAGAGGUGGACAUUGACUUGGACGACCCUGAGAUCAACCACUUCCCUUUCCCUUUCCACGAGCUGAUGGUGUGGGCCGUCCUGAUGAAGAGGCAGAAGAUGGCCCUGUUCUUCUGGCAGCAUGGCGAGGAGGCCAUGGCCAAGGCCCUGGUGGCCUGUAAACUUUGCAAAGCCAUGGCUCAUGAGGCUUCAGAGAAUGACAUGGUCGACGACAUCUCCCAGGAGCUGAACCACAACUCCAGGGACUUCGGCCAGCUGGCUGUGGAGCUCCUCGACCAGUCGUACAAGCAGGAUGAGCAGCUGGCCAUGAAGCUGCUGACGUACGAGCUGAAGAACUGGAGCAAUGCCACCUGCCUGCAGCUCGCCGUGGCGGCCAAGCACCGCGACUUCAUCGCGCACACGUGCAGCCAGAUGCUGCUCACGGAUAUGUGGAUGGGCCGGCUGCGCAUGCGCAAGAACUCCGGCCUCAAGGUAAUUCUGGGAAUUCUACUUCCUCCUUCAAUUCUCAGCUUGGAGUUCAAGAACAAAGACGACAUGCCCUACAUGUCUCAGGCCCAGGAAAUCCACCUUCAAGAGAAGGAACCGGAAGAGCCAGAGAAGCCCACGAAGGAAAAAGAUGAAGAGGACAUGGAAUUGACAGCAAUGUUGGGACGCAACAAUGGGGAGUCUUCCAGAAAGAAGGAUGAAGAGGAAGUUCAGAGCAGACACCGGCUGAUCCCCCUGGGCAGAAAAAUCUAUGAAUUCUACAACGCACCCAUCGUGAAGUUCUGGUUCUACACCCUGGCGUACAUCGGGUAUCUGAUGCUCUUCAACUACAUCGUGUUGGUGAAGAUGGAGCGCUGGCCUUCCACGCAGGAAUGGAUCGUCAUUUCCUACAUAUUCACCCUGGGAAUAGAGAAGAUGAGAGAGAUUCUAAUGUCGGAACCAGGGAAGUUGCUGCAGAAAGUGAAGGUGUGGCUGCAGGAAUACUGGAAUGUCACAGACCUGAUAGCCAUCCUUUUGUUCUCUGUGGGAAUGAUCCUUCGUCUCCAAGACCAGCCCUUCAGGAGUGAUGGGAGGGUCAUCUAUUGUGUGAACAUCAUUUAUUGGUACAUCCGUCUACUAGACAUCUUCGGUGUGAACAAGUAUUUGGGCCCCUAUGUAAUGAUGAUUGGAAAAAUGAUGAUAGACAUGAUGUACUUUGUCAUCAUUAUGCUAGUGGUACUGAUGAGUUUUGGGGUCGCCAGGCAAGCCAUUCUCUUUCCCAAUGAGGAGCCAUCAUGGAAACUGGCCAAGAACAUCUUCUACAUGCCCUACUGGAUGAUUUAUGGGGAAGUGUUUGCGGACCAGAUAGACCGUAAGCAAGUUUAUGAUUCUCAUACACCAAAGUCAGCUCCCUGUGGACAGAAUGAGACCCGGGAGGAUGGCAAAAUAAUUCAGUUGCCUCCCUGCAAGACGGGAGCCUGGAUUGUGCCGGCCAUCAUGGCCUGCUACCUUUUAGUGGCAAACAUCCUGCUGGUCAACCUGCUCAUCGCUGUCUUUAACAAUACAUUCUUUGAGGUAAAAUCUAUAUCCAACCAAGUGUGGAAGUUUCAGAGGUAUCAGCUUAUCAUGACUUUCCACGAAAGGCCGGUUCUGCCCCCACCUCUGAUCAUCUUUAGCCACAUGACCAUGAUCUUCCAGCAUCUGUGCUGCCGAUGGCGAAAACAUGAGAGCGACCCAGAUGAGAGGGACUACGGCCUGAAAUUGUUCAUAACUGAUGAUGAGCUCAAGAAAGUACACGAUUUCGAAGAGCAGUGCAUAGAGGAAUAUUUCAGAGAAAAGGAUGACCGAUUCAACUCGUCCAAUGAUGAGAGGAUACGGGUGACUUCGGAAAGGGUGGAGAACAUGUCCAUGCGGCUGGAGGAAGUCAAUGAGAGGGAGCACUGCAUGAAGGCCUCGCUCCAGACCGUGGACAUCCGGCUGGCGCAGCUCGAGGACCUCAUUGGGCGCAUGGCCACGGCCCUAGAGCGCCUGACAGGUCUGGAGCGGGCCGAGUCCAACAAAAUCCGCUCCCGGACCUCGUCCGACUGCACAGACGCCGCCUACAUCGUUCGCCAGAGCAGCUUCAACAGCCAGGAGGGGAACACCUUCAAGCUCCAAGAGAGUAUAGACCCUGCAGGUGAGGAGACCAUGUCCCCAACUUCUCCAACCCUAAUGCCCCGUAUGAGAAGCCAUUCUUUCUAUUCGGUCAAUAUGAAAGACAAAGGUGGUAUAGAAAAGUUGGAGAGUCUUUUUAAAGAAAGGUCCCUGAGCCUACACCGGGCUACUAGCUCCCACUCUGUAGCGAAAGAGUCCAAAGCUCCUGCAGCCCCCGCAAACACCUUGGCCAUUGUUCCCGACUCUAGAAGACCGUCUUCGUGUAUAGACAUCUACGUCUCCGCCAUGGAUGAACUCCACUGUGAUAUGGACCCUCUGGACAAUUCCAUGAACAUCCUGGGGCUGGGGGAGCCCAGCUUUUCGGCUCCAGCACCUUCCACAGCUCCUUCAAGUAGUGCCUAUGCAACUCUUGCACCCACAGACAGACCUCCAAGCCGGAGCAUCGAUUUUGAGGACAUCACCUCCAUGGACACAAGAUCUUUUUCUUCAGACUAUACCCACCUCCCAGAAUGCCAAAACCCCUGGGACACUGACCCUCCAAUGUACCAGAGCAUCGAGCGCUCCAAAAGUAGCCGCUACCUAGCCACCACUUCCUUUCUUCUAGAAGAGGCCCCCAUUGUUAAAUCUCAUAGCUUUAUGUUUUCUCCGUCGAGGAGCUACUACGCCAACUUUGGGGUGCCCGUGAAAACAGCAGAAUACACAAGUAUUACAGACUGUAUUGACACAAGGUGUGUCAAUGCCCCUCAAGCGAUUGCUGACAGGGCUACCUUCCCUGGUGCCCUGGGAGGCAAAGUGGAGGAUCCAUCUUGCUGCCAUCCUGAGCGAGAAGCAGAACUGAGUCACCCCAGCUCUGACAGCGAGGAGAACGAGGCCAAAGGCCGCAGAGGCACCAUCACAGUACCCUCCCAGGAGGGUGAUAACUCGGACAGAACCCUGUCCAACAACAUCACGGUUCCCAAGAUAGAGCGUGCCAACAGCUACUCGGCAGAGGAGCCAAGUGCGUCAUAUGCACACACCAGGAAGAGCUUCUCCAUCAGUGACAAGCUCGACAGGCAGCGGAACACAGCAAGCCUGCGACACCCCUUCCAGAGGAGUAAGUCCUCCAAGCCAGAGGGACGAGGGGACAGCCUGUCCAUGAGGAGACUGUCCAGAACAUCCGCCUUCCACAGCUUUGAAAGCAAGCACAACUAAACCUUCUUAGUCAGCACUGCAGGAGGCUCAAGAAUCCAGCCCUGAAAUCCUCCCUGAACUCCACCUAUUCCCCUUCCUUGAAGCUUACCUGCUGUAUUCUUAGCUGAGCAAAACAAGCAAUGCCUUGGGAGGUGUUAGCUCGAAGGUGACCUCUGGGCCGCAGAUCAAGAAAGCACUUGGUCUAGCCCAGUGCCAAACACGGGGGCUUUAAGUCAUGUUCACACUCGAUGGGUAGGGUGGGAAAAGAGGGAGAAGAAGGGGUGCGGUGAGUGUGUAGGUCUAGCGACUUCAGAAAGCCAUGAGCUCUGGGAAUGAAGGGGCUUCAAGCACUCUCCAUGCCAGGAGGCAUCUUUCCAUUUCUGACCAUUAUCAAGAGUUUUAGGAUACAGGGCUAAAUUGCAAAAUAAGAUAAAAUAAAGUAGCCAGCAUACAAAUGAGAUAUUCUAAACUUCAAUUCUGUUUUCUUUUCACAUUGGCUCCAUCACUGGUGACUGAUGAAGAGCAUCCUUUUUAUUCAGUAUAAGCCGGCAGCAAGCAGUUCUACCUAACGUCCCACAUCCUUCUCAUGCCAACACUUCUGUAAUUGAUCAUUAUAAAGAAAAAACAAGGUAACAGUCAUAGUUCACCUGUCUCUUCUAUAUUCACUUCUGGUGCCACAACUGUUUAUCUUUUUUGAAGAAAAUAAAGGGAACAGAAAUGCCUUUUUGUGUUGCAAGCAAA